AUGGAAGGCAAUAACAAGGAAAAACUAAGGCCAGAAGGAGAGGCCAGUGAACGCCAAGCUUAUGGUAGUGGGCCUUCAAGGCGGAGUGAAAGCCCGCAUCACUGGAACGAAGGAGGACAGCACAAUUAUUUUCAACAACCUCCACAACCUCCCCAACGCCCACCUAACUUUCCAACUCCUCUUCCAUACCUCCAUUCUGCUCAUUCUCCUUCUCUUUCUUCUGCUCCUGCUCCCCAUCAUCAUCAUCACCAAGAAUCUCAUCAGUAUCAAUAUCCUCAUCAGUUUCAAAGACUUCACCAGGUUCAAGAACCUCAACAGUAUCCAGCUCACUAUUCUGACGCGCAGCUUCGACAGCCUAGUCCUGUAUUACCUGCUUAUCCUGAUCGGCUUCUUUCUGUUCAGCCUGCUCAGAGUCUAUAUUCUCAAACCCACCAUCCUGUUCAUUCUCAACAACCUCAGUUUGCACAGUCUGCUCAAUCUUCUUCUUCUCAUCCCAAUCACCCUGAUCCUCUUUACUCUGUUGGUUCUGAGCAACCUCAGCUUGAACAAGCUGCUCAAUACUCUCCUCCCGAUCCCCACUAUCCUGAACCUACUUUUCCUAUCUAUCCUGAGCAACAGUACGGUUCUGUUCAGUCAGCUCAGUUUCUUCCUCCCCAGGCUCACCAUCCUGUUGCUCCUGGACAACUUCGCUUCAUUCAGCCUGGUCAAUUUUUAUCUCCUCACCCUCAAAGCCCCAAUCACGUCCACGGACCUGCUUUCUGUCCUCCUGACCAGGCUCACGCUGCUGGUCCUGACUUUUAUGGUUAUCCACCUUACCCAACUCUAGGUAAUCAACUCCAAUACGUUGCUGGCCGUGGUUUUCAUCAAGAACACCAGGUUCUUCAUCCAGAUAACCAUUCUGCCCCUGCAAUCGACCAACAAGAGAAUAUUCGUGCUCCUGAUUAUCAUCAACCUAGUCAGAUUCCCAUACCGGCUGGUUACCAGCCACAGAACAAUCCUAAUACAGCGCCUUACCAGUCAGGUAGCUCUUCUUCUCAACCCUUUUAUCAGUCGGGUAAUCCUGUUGUUUCAUUCAAUCAGCGACAUAUUGUUCCGACAGCUGUUUUUAACCCGGGCCAGAACUUCCCUGGUACUCCUGUUUAUCACGGUAACCAAUCCAGAGGCUUCUCUAAAGACUCUACCACUCCACAGCAGUACUACCAUUCCGGGCCAUCUACCCGAUUGAAACCAACGAAAAAGAUGCCUCCCAAAAGGCGAGUUAGUACGAAAGACUUACCUCCUGCCGUUGCUACCUCUGCUGCACAAGCGCAGCAGCCAGUUCCCGAUCCCCAAGCGAGCAUUGCAUCCCUCGCAGAGGCUUUCCCAACCUCAUUUUCGGGUCGCUUCCAGGAGGGCCAGUUGGCCAGGCCAUCCUCCACCACGCCCGCAAUGUCUUCCUCCCCGGGGCCAUCGUCGAAGAAGAAGAAGGGUAAGGAAAGAGCUGAUACCCCCUCCGGCCCCACCAUUCUCGGUCAGAUUUCUGGCAACAAGGCAAGAAACCCCGUCCUAACCUCUGAAGAUGUAGGGGACACUGUAAAGUCCGCUCGAGUGAUGGCAGCUGAAGUUUCUCCUUCAUCGGCCCAUGAGAGUCUCUUAGUCGCUGGGAACAGCGACCUAGGAACUUCUGGGCCGAUGUACCAAACCCGAAUUGAAUACUUACAGGGCAAGUAUGAAGAUGAGGCCCAGGAGCUAAGGGCCGCAAAGGGGAAGGAGGCUGUUCGCGAAAGCGACGUCCCUUCCCCUGCCGCAGUUCUGGCUCCUGGGCCUUUCAUCACCGGUCAGUCGCCUAUACUGACCGCGGCAUUCCCACUUGGCGGGUGGGAGAUUGAUGCCUCACGUCUGGCCAACCUUCAACCGCCCGACCCAACCGCCAACUUGGUCGCCCGAGUCACCUAUCCCUAUGUAAGGGAAGGUGUUCUCGAGGAGGACCCGCUGGGGCUUGGUGACCUCCAGCCCGCCGCUUCCCUCCCCCCAGUUGCACCCAUACCUUCAGAGCCGACUGGGACCGCAGACCGGAUGGCUUUGCCAUCUUCUGGGCUCGUCGAUUGGGACGACGAGUUCAGCAAAACGUUUGGCCGAACAGCCAACGAAGAGGAGUGUCAGGGGGGGGAUCCCACCGAGGAGGAGUGGGAGAAGAUCAUCGCUGGAGCGAUGAAGAGGAAGGGGCAGGAGGAGCCCACAGAUGGUUCUCCGGCGGAAGCCGCUGUCUGUCCACUCCCUAUGGGAGAGGACGAGCGUGUUUCGGUCGAAGAGCCAUUGGGGCUCCCCUACCCGGCCCUCGACGUCGAGCCAGCCGCCGAUCCCACAGACCUGGCGAUGUGGGUUUACCAGAUGUCCUUGGAGCACCCAGGGGAUCCAGAGGAGCUUACUCUGGAGGAACUGGGCGCCGAGCUCGACGCCUACUGGGGGGAAAUCGCCCAGAUCACCAGCCAGCCGGAGCAAACUGGGCCGUUGGCCAGGGACGGGGACAUCGAGCUCCCCGACCAACUCAUGAGCUCCCCAUUGACACCAUUGAGUGUUAUGUCAACGCCGCCGCUCUUCCAGGAAGAAGAAGACCCUCUUCCUGGUAAUCCGGAUCCAGCUGCCAACCGUGAUCCCAGGUCAACUUCUCGCCGUCUCAACAAGCGUGGGGCUCAGGCCAGCCCAGAAGGUGUCUCCCCUCGUCCUCGGACCCGCUCGCGAAUUACUCAGCAGCAUGGUCCGGAGAAUCUUCCCAUUGCUAGUGCUUCGGUCACUCGCCGCAGAUCGGCUCGCAUCUCUGGGGCCAGCCUUCCUCCAGAGCCACAGACCCCCCGCGAUCUAUCUCCUUCAAUAUCUAUUACUUCGGAAGGCCGAAGAAACCCCAGGACCAACACGACCUUCAUCCCGAGAUACCACGAUGUUCGCAGCGAGAGCCAAGAACACGGAGAAGCCGAACGAGAAGACGACGACGAAGUCGAUAUGAUUUGA